AUGUUCUUUAGCGAAACUCUCUUACAAGAGCCUUCUGAGGAUCAAUCUGAAGAAAUCUCGUGGGCUGACUCCACCUCGUUAUCUCGUUAUAAACCCCGUCGUCAGCAAAAACCUCCGCGCAAACAACAGCGAACAACCUCCCAGGAUUUUGACGAUCUUGUUUUCGGUUAUGAAGCAAAAACUUUCCGAGACGAUGGAAUGGCAAAAAAAGUUAAUGCUGGAGAGUUAUUAAUCCCUUGGAGGGGUGAAUCCGAAAAUAAAAUCUUACUUGAUAGAUAUGAUGUAAGAAAUUUGCUUGAUGAUCGUGACCGCUUUAGAAAAAUUCCUUACACCAUGACACGGACUGCCGAGGAAAUCGAACAAGAAAAACUUUGUGAUAUAGAACGAUGGAUCGACUUGGAUUCCGAAGCAGAAGAUAUCUUUGAUAUGUCCGAAGAAGAAAGAGAAGAUUAUAUAGGCAUUGAUUAA